AUGGACGCCGCACUGCUCCUCGCCUUUGGGCUGCUCGCCCAGGGCCUCAGCCUAUCUAGAGGGAUCCCUGGGCCAUGGAGGCCCAGCACCCUGUUCCCCUGGCGCCGGACACCCGGGCUGGGCCGUGUGCGGAGAGCCUGGGUCAUCCCUCCCAUCAGCGUGUCCGAGAACCACAAGCGCAUCCCCUUCCCCCUGGUGCAGAUCAAGUCAGACAAGCAGCCACUGGGCGGUGUCAUCUACAGCAUCCAAGGCCCUGGCGUGGACAAGGAGCCUCGGGGCGUCUUCUCCAUUGACAAGUUCACUGGGAAGGUGUUCCUGAACGCCAUGCUGGACCGUGAAAAGACUGACCGCUUCAGGCUAAGGGCCUUUGCCCUGGACCUGGGUGGAUCCACCCUGGAGGAUCCCACGGACCUGGAGAUCGUGGUUGUGGAUCAGAACGACAACCGGCCCGUCUUCCAGCAGGAGGUGUUCACCGGCCGUGUGCUGGAGGGCACUGCCCCAGGUACCUUCGUGAUGAGAGCAGAGGCCACUGAUGCAGAUGACCCUGACACGGACAACGCGGCACUGCGGUACUCCAUCCUGGCGCAGGGCAGCCCUGAGUUCUUCAGCAUUGACGAGCGCACUGGCGAGAUCCGAACUGUGCAAGUGGGUCUGGAUCGCGAGGUGGUCACUGCGUACAACCUGAGCCUGCAGGUGGCAGACAUGUCUGGGGAUGGACUUACGGCCACGGCCUCAGCCAUCAUCACCCUGGACGACAUCAAUGACAACGCGCCUGAGUUCACCAGGGACCAGUUCUUCCUGGAGGCCACGGAGGCGGUCAGUGGCGUGGACGUGGGUCGGCUGGAGGUGCAGGACAGGGACUUGCCUGGCUCCCCCAACUGGGCGGCCAGGUUCACAAUCCUGGAGGGCGACCCUGAUGGACAGUUCACCGUCCGUACGGACCCCAGGACCAACGAGGGUAUCCUGUCUGUAGUGAAGCCCCUGGACCACGAGAGCCACGAGCACUACCAGCUCCGAGUGUCGGUGCAGAACGAGGCCCCGCUACAGGCGGCUGCCCCCAGGACCACACGAGGCCAGGCCAUCGUCAGUGUGCACGUGCAGGACAUCAACGAGGCACCCCUCUUCCAUGAGAACCCACUCCGAACCAGCCUGGCUGAAGGGGCGGCCCCAGGGACCCCUGUGGCCACCUUCUCUGCCCACGACCCUGACACCCAGCAGCUGCAGAGGCUCAGCUACUCCAAGGACUAUGACCCAGAGGACUGGCUUCAAGUGGAUGCCGCCACUGGCCAGAUACAGACCCAGCGUGUGCUCAGCCCCACCUCCCCCUUCCUCAAGGACGGCUGGUACCGAGCCAUCAUCCUGGUCAGCGAUGAUGCCUCUCCGCCAUGCACGGCCACCGGCACCUUGUCCGUGGAGAUCCUGGAGGUGAACGACCACGCGCCGGUGCUGGCUCCGCCAGCCGGCAGCCUCUGCAGUGAGCCGGCACGGGGCACUGGCCUCCUCCUGGGGGCCACAGAUGAGGAUCUGCCCCCACACGGCGCCCCCUUCCACUUCCAGCUAAGCCCCAGAACCCCGGAGCUCGCCCAGAACUGGAGCAUCAGCCAGGUUAACGUGAGCCACGCGCGUCUGCGGUUGCGCCACCGGCUCCCCGAGGGCCUGCACCGCCUCAGCCUGCUGCUCCGCGACUCGGGACAGCCGCCGCAGCAGAAGGAGCAGCCGCUGAACGUGAGCGUGUGCCGCUGCGCCGCCGACGGCGCCUGCCUUCCCGGGGCCGCAGCCCUUCGCGCUGGGAGCACGGGCGUCAGCCUGGGCGCGCUACUCGUAGUGCUGGGUAGCGUCAUCCUGCUGCUCAUGCUCAUCCUGCUGGUAGCCCUCCUGGCGCGUUGCCGGCGGCGGUCGCAGGAGAAGGGACUGCUGCAUGGGCUCCAGGACGACCUCCGGGACAACAUCCUCAACUACGACGAGCAGGGAGGCGGGGAGGAGGACCAGGACGCCUACGACCUCAGCCAGCUGCGCCAUCCCACAGAGCUAGCGGCCCUGGGCGGGCCUCUGAGGCGGCCGCCGCUGCAUCACGAUGCCCUGUCCGGCCGCCUGCCCGGCCCGCUUCCCCGUCUGCUGCCCGCCAGCACCGCCGACAUCGCCGGCUUCAUCCGCGACGGCUUGGAGGCUGCAGAUGGUGACCCCAGCGUGCCACCCUAUGACACAGCCCUCAUCUAUGACUACGAGGGGGAUGGCUCCGUGGCAGGGACGCUGAGCUCCAUCCUGUCCAGCCUGGGGGAUGAGGACCAGGACUAUGACUAUCUCCAGGACUGGGGACCCCGCUUUGCCCAGCUGGCAGACAUGUAUGGGCACCAGUGA